GUGACUUAAUACGCCUUCAGCGCAUUAAUCACUGAUUUGCGCACAGUCUUACGGUGACAACAGGUACGGAAAAAUGGCAGUUAAACUGAAUUGCGCUGAAUCAACUAUAAAAUAUAUCCUAUUUUUCUUGAAUUGCCUCAUAUUGCUUGGAGGAAUUGCUUUGGUUGUUUUAGGAUCGAUCACUAUUGUCUAUGUUACCACAUAUGAUGCAUUUCUCUCGGACCCUUAUUCAGCCCCUGCAAUCGUUGUUGUGACAAGCGGCGCGUUGAUUGUCCUGGCCGGUUUGAUCGGGUGCUUUGGAGCGGCCAAGCAAUCCUAUAUAGUGCUAUUGAUAUACGCUGGAUGCUUGUGCGUCAUUUUCCUGCUACAAUUUGUUGGCGGAAUUUUGGUAUUCACUUUCCAAGAGGAGUUGGGCGAUAUUUUCCGCAACACUUUGGAGGAUCAGAUGAGACUUUACGACGAUCCUGAGAACGGAGAUAUGUCUAAAUUGACUUGGGACACACUGCAAAGUGACUUCAAAUGCUGUGGCAUCGACACGUUUUCGGACUGGAAAGAAUUUGCAGGAAUGGAUCUUCCACCAGAUUCAUGCAAAUGUGAUGGUACAAACUUGGACGUUUGCAAUUCCGCAGGUUACUUCAAAAAGGGAUGCUAUUUUGAACUCAAGAAUUAUUUUACCACCUUCCAAAAUGCUCUCGGAGCGGUGGCAGUUGUCUUUGCAGUAGAUGAGCUCAUUGCAAUUGUUUUUGCAAUAAUUAUGGCCUUCUCCAUUAAACGGCGGCUGGAUGACGAGCCUGCUUUCGUCACGAACGUCGCAUCCAGAAAGUUCAGUGAUGAGGACACGUAGUAAAUUUUAUUUAUGUAAAUAAUACUCGAUUUGUUUGUAAUAAAAGCAGCUGUAGCACCUUUUUCACU